GCUAGCGAGUGUAUAGCACAAAAAAGUACUACGUUCUACUUGUACCGAUCAUGCCAAGGUUGUACACGACGCCGACGGUGCUCUCCGGCGAGUCUGUCGUCUAUGUCGACGACGUCCUCGGCGGCGGCUACGGCGGCUUGGCAACCGUGGCGGGGGAGUCCUGCUCGCUGCUCGCCGCGUCGUGCGUGCUCGCCGCGUCCGUCAUCAUCUGGGAGGCGUGCGCCUUCGUCGCCUUGGCCGCCGUGCUCGUCGCCGGCGCCACCUGGUGCCUGACCGGCGUCGUCGCGGCCGCGGCGGGUCGUCCUGCUGCCGCUGGCACCGGCACGGCGUUUCCCACCGCCGCCGCGCGAGCCAGCAGAGUCGUGUGCUGCGGGCUUGCCGAAAUAGACAUCAGCGCGCUGCCCAAGUCCCCGUACCAGCAGCAGCACCGCCCCGCCGCGGCCGCGGGCGGCGGAGGAGACGGAGUGACGACGUGCGCCGUGUGCCUGGAGGACCUUCGCGGCGGCGAGAUGGUGCGGAGCCUGCCCGAGUGCCGGCACCUCUUCCACGUCGGCUGCAUCGACGCGUGGCUGCAGAUGCACGUCACGUGCCCGCUCUGCAGGUCCGAUCUCUCGCCGCGUCGACGGGUGACGACGGCCGCGCCGGUACCGGUAGGAUCGCAGGCUGAGUCAUGGUCGCCGCAGUAGUGCUACUGUAGUGCGAGCUGUAAUCUCUUCUUCUCCUACUUGCUUAAAAUAUUUGCAGAAAUCCACAGUCCAUUAGCGUUACCCCCUCUAUAGUCUAUACUGCAACGCGCGCGUUGACAGCCCAAUCGGCCAACCCCAUGCCAGUCCGCAUGGACCAGCAUCCUCGA